AUGUCUCAGCUCGGUUCUUGUGGGGCAAUUUCUACCCUGGUAAGUCCUCGGGUCUCAAAAUUCGAGGGCCUAUGCCUCAGUCUUUCUAUUAGUGUCUUGAGCGAGGUCACCAAGGAGAAGGUCAACGCUGCCGGCCACGCCGGCCCCAUCUUCAUCGGUAUGAUCCGCGAAGCCGGUCUCUACGAUGAUAUCGGCCAGGCAUACGCCGCUCUAGACCCAUCCCGCACCAUCGGUGUCAUAGAUGACAAGCGUGUAUAUUCCAACUUCAUCCUCCUCCUUUCCAUCUCCACCAAUGACUUUAUGACCACCACUCCCUACCCCUUCAGCUAUAAAUUCCUGACCAAGGUUUAUACCCGCGUCGUCAACGAGGUCCAGGCUGUUUGUCGUGUCUCCUAUGACUUCACUGAGCAUACGGCCUUGCCUAGUUUUACUUACACCAUCGAAGGUAUCAAAAUACAGCAAUAUAUGCGAAUCUAUAAAUUCUAA